AUGACAGAGCAUUUGCAUUUGCCUGCGGGUCCAUGGACCUCUGAGGAGAUCUUCCGCGCAAUAUCAACCCAUCCCCUCGAGAUCAAGACCGCCUACUCUGUCCUCGUCGCACCUCCCGCCCCAAUCACCCCUCUCCAAUCACCUCCAUCAUCCUCCUCUUCCUCCCGUACACCCCCCGCCUCCUCUUCCUCCAACAGAAGUCUCUCAUCCGCCGCGACACCACCGCCAGGCCCCCCACGCCGUCGUGAAGUCCAGCAACGCGUCACCCUCCGCGAGAACGAGACCAAAACUCUCUAUCUCACGCAGGCUUUCUCGCAGCAUUUCACAGAUAUCGAAUCGGCCCAUAAUGCCGCCCUGUUGAAUGCUCAGCAGUACCAGCACCGCCAGUUGAGGAGCCUCAGUUCCAGGACGAGGUCCAAGUCUGGCUCUGGACCCGAUUUGACGCUGCUCCCGGUUGCGCCUCCACCUGCCUCGUUGGUUACGUUGCAGGUCUCGAGUUCUACGACCCGGUUGUCGGAGAGGAGCGCUGUUCGCACCAUCGAGUUGUCUAUUACCCCGUCUCUUGACGCGGCUGACACGCACAUCUCGGAUGUCAUUACGCUCAAGUCUCUGACGGCGAGACAUAUAAGGUUGCCGCUGGAGGGGAAGAGCGCCUUGGCAAACGGGUACCAGUCCUGGAGCACAUCCUACCUCGGUGCAGAUGAGACCACCGUCUUUGAGAACCCCAACUGGUUAUACCACGAGCUGACCAAGUUGGCCUCGGGGUCUGAUCGUCAUAUCUUUGAGUACCCUGCUGCCAAGGGCAUGUUACACUCGAAUGUGGUUACUACCUUGAGGGACAAGUGCCUGGACCCCAACCGCAUUCCUCCUUCGCCCGCCGUUGCUAAUGCUGCUGCUGCUUCUGCCUUGAAGGCUGCUAUCAACCCCUUGUCGGUUAAAUCCCCGGCCACACCUGCGAGCACUCCGCUCACCUCGCGCAACAGCACUCUGAAUGGCAAGGCCGCCGUCACCAACAACAGCAGCACUGGAAGCAGCACCGGACCCCCCACCAGCGGUAACAGCACCAAGGCGCACGACACCAAGAAGGACGACGUUGAAGAGAAGAGGGAGUUUGAGCCUCGACCUGAGGAGUUGGUCCUCCUUGGAUCACUGUCGGAGGACAAGGCUUACUCGUACUUCCUCAUGGAUACCAACCGUGAUUCCCUCACCAUCCUCCAGGACUGUAAGGGCAAAAAGCUCAAGGCAAACGGCGAGAAAUGGGUCAUGAAAACAUUCAUCACCUGGGACACCAAAGACACCGCCGUCUGGGACGCAUACGCCGCAACAUGGACCUCCCACCUCGGCGACCGUCGCGCCAUCCGCAACUCGCUCACUCACCAGCUCUCGGGUUGGACAUCCUGGUACCUCCAUUACGAAAACAUUAACGAGCAGAUUAUUCAUCAGAAUCUGGAGCAUUAUGCGUCGACCUCGAGCCAUCAUGAGCACCAUGCGAGGUUGGAACAUGUCCAUGGGGGCAAGAGGGAGUGGCCUGGGAAGGUGUUCCAGAUUGAUGAUGGGUAUACGACGGUCGGGGACUGGUUGGAUUAUGAUAGGAGCAAGUUCCCUGGGGGCAUGGAGGCUAUUGCGAGGGCGAUUCGGGAGAAGGGUCUGACCCCAGGGAUUUGGUUGGCGCCGUUUUUGGUGUCGAAAAAGUCCAAGAUUGCGAGGGAUAAGCCCCAUUGGUUGGCACAGCAGCCUUGGCCGCCUACGUCGAACCGUCGCGAUGGAACCAGCAACGAUGGGGAUGAUUCGGAUGAUGAUCUGAGUGGCCUUGGAUGCUGUGGAGGUGGUAUCAACACCGGUCGUCCUGGGUCCUCUCGCCCCGUCCACGCCCACCCUGCCUUCUCUGUCGGUGCUUAUCUGUUGGAUCUCGAGAACCCUGAAGUCCGUGAGUACCUCGCCAACGUCUUCCGAGUUAUCGUCCAAGAAUGGGGCUUCAAGAUGCUCAAGCUCGAUUUCCUCUUUGGCGCCGCCCUCCUAGCCCGGAACGGUAAAACCCGCGGUCAACUCAUGUACGAAGCCAUGCAAAUGGUUCGCGACUGGGCCGGUCCUGACACCAUCCUCCUUGGCUGCGGUGUCCCCCUCGGUGCGAGCUUCAACCUCGUCGAUUUCUGUCGGAUCGGCUCAGAUGUCGGACCCGAAUGGGACACAAUGCAACGCUACUUCCAUGACCGCGAAUACAUCUCCUGCAAGAACUCCCUCACCUCGACCUUAUCCCGGUGGGCAUUGUCCGGCCGGUUCUUUGGGAACGACCCAGACGUCUACUUUAUCCGGGACUGGAAGAUGGGUCUCAACAUCACCGAGCGCCGCACUCUAAUCCUCCUCAACCAUCUCCUGGGCCACCUCGUCUUCACAUCCGACUACAUGGACCCCACAAAACUGAACGACGACCAGAAGCGCGUCCUGGACUCCUUCUUCCCCUGGCCAUCAACCCCAGGAUCCAUCGACCACCCCUCUACCCACUCGAUCCACCCCCUGGACCCACCCAAGAUCAUCCGCGUCCUCCAACCCAACCCCACCGUCAAGGACCUCUACCUCAUCCAAGUCGCCCACAACUCCAAAACCUACAUCAUCGCCACAAACCUCUCCACCAAACGCCAAACCGUCCACCUCUCCGCCCUUGACCAAAUCAUCAUCCGUGAAUCCCCACCCCCACCACUCCACCUCCUCCCAACCUCUCCCCAAACCUCAGCCCGCACAGGUGGAGCAUCCAAACACUCCCUCUUUGGCAACUCCACGGCUUCCCUCCUCUCCUCAUCCUCAACCUUCCUCCUCUUCACCCCUUUGACAACAUCAACCUACUUCCAAACCGAAACCGGUCAAUUCGGAUCCGCAGCCGCAGCAUACUCUCUGGACCCCCACGAAUCCUGUGUCUUCCUCCGCGUCCUCGACAACUACAACCAACUCUGCACAUCCGCCACAACCUCCACAAUUCCAAUCCCCCCACGCGAAAACCUCUCUGUCAUCGAAAUCCUCGACAUCCAGGACCCCCUGCCCUCCCAUACCCACAACAACAACAACACCAACAACACCAGCCACGCCCACUCAACCUCCACAGCCUCAACCACAACGAUCACAACCACCACAACAGAACAAGAAGAGCACCACCGCAAACACAUCCUCCAAAAGGCCGGCUCACUCUACACCUCCCACAAACACCUCUUCCCAGCCCACCCGCAAGUCCACAUCCUCGCCACAAGCGGAGGCCACAUCCUGCCAACCUCCGAGAUCGAAGCCCUCUCCUUCGUCAACCCACAGAACCCAGAUAUCCACGAACUGUCCAUCAAAUGGCGCGGGAACUUCUUCCCCCGUCGCGUGACCCUCUGGUUGGCUUGGAAGGUGAACCACGACCACCCCAACAAGUAUCAUAAGCGGCCUUGGCUCGUCAAUGGUGUUCAGGCCCCGAUCACAAAUAUUCUGCAAGGAACGGGACUCCAGGUCGCCAGCGUCACCUUGAACGUUUGA